AUGUCAAGGCCCAAGGAACCAGCCACCGCCGGCAGAAAAUGCCGAGUUAGGGUCAAUUUUGUGGAAGUCAAAAAGUUUAAAUACCCAACCGUCUAUUUUUACACCGUGGAAAUCUAUAACAAAAGAAGGCAACCCGCUCCAAAAAAAUAUCAUGAUUUGGUCAUUGCCGAAAUUUUAAAGACCAGGAAAUUGGGUGAUACCUUUCCUGCCUACUACGGAAAUCGCCUGUACUCUCAGAUUGACAUCCUGAGGGGGAAUAGUCAGAGGAAAGUGGAAGUUAAAAUGGAGGGGGAUCCGUUCUUCGUUGCAAUCAAGUAUACCGGAGAAAUUGACCUCAGAAACAUCGACCUAGGCUCGAACCAACCUUGGGACGAUAAGAUCCAGAAUACGUUGACAGUGCUCAAUGCAUAUAUUAACACAAAAUUGCGCCUUCAACCUAAAAAUAUAAGUCUCAGCAGUAAAUCGAACGCUAUUUUCCAAGUCGAGAAGGAUCUAAAGAAAAGAGAAUUCUUGAUUUACGGGAUUGAACUUUUGCACGGAUUUUUCCAAUCCGUGCGCCCAGGAUGGGAUAAACUGUUUUUAAAUGUCGAUACUUGUCAUACAACCUUCUAUCCUCACGGAGAUUUGUUCUCUUUACUUCCAAAGUUUCUAAAAGAAUCCAAUAGAGUACCGGAAAGAAUGAGCAAUGACCUGGAUAAGGGACUCUCACUCAGGGAUAUAAAAAAUUUAAGUUACCGUCUGAAGGGUAUCAAGUUCGCCACCAUGUACAACAAAAGGAAGUACACAAUUGACUCGAUCUCCAUGGAAUCUGCCAACGACUACAAAUUUAAAAAUGAAGAGGGCCAACUUAUCAGCGUCAGUGACUACUUCAGCCAAUGUGGCUUAACUUUGUCGCACCCUAAACUUCCCUGCGUUGUCGUCGUGAAAAAGGGUAAGGAUGGUCAGAAAAAAUCAUCCUACUUUCCGCUUGAAGUUUGUAAUCUCGUUCCCGGUCAGAAAUUUCCUGCAGAAAAUUUAACGCUAGCUCAAAAUGGCGACAUGAUAAGAAAAACUGCGAUUGAUCCAAAGACGCGAUUUGAAAAAAUUGACCGGGCACUUCGAGAAAUAUACGACCACGGAUCCAACGAAUACCUUAAAUCUAUUGAUUUGGAACCUGACCAAAAGCUCACUGAAAUGAUUGCCCGAAUUAUCGAGGGACCAAAUAUGGUGGCGGGUGGGCUAAACGGAAAGGAAGUAAAGGUCAUACCAAAGUUGGGAGUCUGGGAAGUCGAAAAGUUCAAAAAGGGUGCGUCUCUUCACAAUUGGUCUGUGGUGGUAUUUGAGGAUCCUAGAAAAUUGAAAAGUCAGGAUGUGAGAACUGCCAUGGGCAAAUUCAUCGAUACUCUCGUCGAAAAGGGAAUCGAGGUGACAAAUAAAGAACCAAAGAUUAGUUAUGCUCAGAUUCCAGUUAGAUUUGAGGAAGAUUGUGAAUUCGGAUAUAAUGAUGUUAAAAAUGCAUUUGAAGCAGGAUUUGCAAAUGCCAAAGUCAAAAAAGAUCGGAAACCACAAUUGGUUGUCUGCAUUCUCAACAAGAAAUCGGAAAGUCCGCAAGGAUUGUAUGCGACGAUAAAGGUGUUAUCUUUGUUAGAAUUUGGCGUACUCACUCAAUGCCUUCUGGCUUCGAAUUUGGAUCCGUCGGUCUAUCAGAAACUCGUACCCAAGCUCAACACCAAAUUGGGUGGUACCAACUCUUCUCUGGUUUCAGGCGAGAUUAAUUUCAAGUCUAAGAAGACGGCAAUGAUAAUGGGCGCUGAUGUAUAUCACCCCGGUAGAGAAGAAAAGAUGCAGGGUUUCCCCAGUGUUGCUUCGGUAUGCGCUUCAAUGGAUCCUGAUGCAGCACGAUAUAUUGCCCGUUAUAGAAUGAAUAAAUACCUAAAUAAUGAGACCAUCGAGACACUUAGUGAGAUGGUUGGCGAACUACUCGAGGAAUUUGAGAAACGAAACGGCUACCUUCCGGACCAUAUCAUCUUCUAUCGUGAUGGUGUGUCCGAAGUGCAGAUCAUAAAAAUAAUGGAAGAGGAGAUUGAAGUGUUGAAAGAGUUUCUUAAACAGCUCUAUGGAAAUCAGAAGUUGGAAGAGCCAAAACUGACUUUAUUGAUAUGUCAAAAACGGCACCACAUGAGGUCCAUCCCCGUUAAUAAAGAAGACGCACACCCUAAAACUGGCAAUUGCCUUACUGGCACCAUAAUUGACUCGUACAUUGUGAUGGAAAAUGAAUUUAGUUUCUGUAAGUGUGCGGUCUACGAUAAAUUCCUCCGAUGUUGA